AGACGUGCAAAAUCACUCCGUGCUGCUGUCGAUGUGAACUCCUUGCUGCUCUGUCUCUCCUCUUCCAGAAACUCCAGGCCCUGAAUUAGCAGCCGCAGAUCCGUGAGCUCUCACUGAAUCUGGACAGAACAUGGACAAGGAGGCGAAUAUCAGAAGGGAAGAAAGAGUGAAGUUGGUUAUUUCUCUGGCACAUGGAUGCAAUUACUCUCGGCGCAUUCCAGAGGCGUUCUUUUGAAUCCUGUGCAGGUCUGCCUGCCGUUCCUGGGAGAGAGAAGGAAGAAGGGAGGCGAAGUCCCUUUCUCACUCGGAGACGGAAUGUCUGCGCUUCCCAUCCUCUUUUUAGCUUCCUGUUCUGUCUGGCUGGCUGAGGCUCAGACAGAAUUUAAAAGAGUGGCCGAAGAAAACGUGACUUUGCCUUGUCACCACCGCCUGGGCCUCCUGGAGCAAGGCAGCCUGGACAUCGAGUGGCUGCUGCACACGUCUGAAUCGGUGCAGAAAGCGGUGAUCACCUACUCUGGAGGCCACGUUUAUGAUGACCUGAAUGAAGAACAGAAGGGCCGUGUUUCAUUCACCUCCAACUUCCGUGCUGGAGAUGCAUCCCUGCAGAUCAUCUCCCUGCAGUCCAGUGAUGCAGGGAAGUACAUAUGUAAGGUGAAGAAUGCUGGGCAGUACGAAUGGGCUCACAUCACCCUGAAGGUUGUUGAGAAACCCUCCAAGCCCAAGUGCUGGCUGGAAGGAGAGCUGUCAGAAGGGAAAGACCUGUCCCUGCAGUGCCGUUCUUCCUCUGGCACUGCGCCCAUCUCCUACCGGUGGCAGCGCAUAAACGAGGAAGAUGAGAAAGCUGAACAUCUCCCACCUACAUCGAGAGUCAACAUUUCUAAUCCGGGUCAAGUCUUACUGAAGAACCUCACUCAGAUGAGUACAGGGUUGUACCAAUGUAUGGCCACCAAUGAGGCCGGACAAGAGAGCUGUGUUGUUCGGGUGACAGUGCAGCAUGCCCAAAAUAUUGGCAUGAUUGCUGGAGCAGUUUGUGGGGUUGUGGUGGGACUCUGCCUCCUGUUCCUGGUGGUGAGGCUGACAAUAAGAAGGAAAGAAAAGAAGAGGUAUGAGGAAGAGGAGGCCCCGAAUGAAAUCAGAGAAGACGCAGAGGCACCCAAAGCCCAUCUUGUCAAGCCCAGCUCCUCAUCCUCUGGUUCCAGGAGCUCACGCUCGGGUUCCUCCUCAACCAGGUCGACAGCCAACAGUGCCUCUCGCAGCCAGCGGACUUUGUCAACCGAAGCUACUCCCCAUCUGACUCCCCCACAGUACAGCCAGAGGGAGAUGGGAGGGAAGGAAACAGAGCCAAAGAAAGUCGACUACGCCAACCUGAUGAAGAUGGGAGCCACGCUGGUCAUGGUGCCUGCCCAGAGCCGAGCGUUCCAGACCGUGUGACUGCUCCGACUCCUGCCAUGCAGAAACACGCCACGUACCACCAGCCACAUAGGAAUUGUUAGAUUAGCUAGUUACCUCCCUGGUCAGCUUAAUUUUAGUCACCUGUGACAAUUCACACCGCAAGAAGCCCUCCCACUCAACUCUUUCCCAGCACUUGAGGUUCUGAGAUGGAUUUUUGUUGUUGUUGUUGUUCAAAGAAAGAUAAAAUUGAGGGGAAAAGGGAGCCUUCUUUUUUAAAGUACCUUUUUAGAAAAUGGAAUACUGAGCAUUUUAAAACUACAGCUGAGAACAAUGUCAGCUGAGCGCUGUACGAGUGAAAUGAAGCCAAACCUCAGGAUUUUUUAAAGGGAUCAACAGAGACAGAAAGACAUCUAACACUCCAGUGAGGUUUAGGGGGGAAGGGGAAAGUCUCUUGUACUGUUUCUGGAGAAGUUUCUAGAAGAAUGCAUAGUCUUACCUGAAGAUUUUGAAGCAAUCUGUCUGCUGAGGGUGCUCUGGUGGUCAACCUUGAAUGGACCUGACACAUGCUUGCCUUUUUUCUGCAUUCAGCCUUCUAGGGAAAUACUUCUGGAGGCUGCAAUUAAAGCAGAUGGGAAAGGUCAAGAGAGACAGCACAAAAGCAUGUGUCUGAACUAACCCUUGUACUAAAGAGGAAGGAGCCUACAUGUCAAGGAAGCAGAGAUACUUCAAUUGCUAGGAUAAGAUUUAUGGUGCAUACAGAGAUAUGCGGCCAGGAGCCUGACUGCUUGUAUGGACAGCACUGAAAAGCUGCAGUAACUUCACCUGAGUUGCGUCUGUGUCACAUGAGCCUUAGUGAGAAGAGAAUUGGAUGCUGAAGCCAAAAUGAAGGCAUACCUCAAAAACUGAGGGCUGCUAACCAACCAAAAAGCCUGCAGGAAGGACUUGGAAGAUGUGUUUGCUACAGCCAGGUUGUGAAUUCACCAGUUUGGGGUGAACCAUACAGAAACCUUGGAGAGCUCUUCCCAAAAGUGAAUGAACAGCAUUCCUGGAUUGACCUUCACACAUCCAGGUAAGACUGAAGAUGGAGUGAAAGAACACGUCAUGAGGAAAAUACACCAGGGACAGGGAAACUGUAAGUGCAGUGCUAAGGGAAGGAAGGUGUACCGCCAGACACCAGCCUGUAGGCCACGUGCUAUUCUCAAGGCUUAAACCUUAGCAGGACUCUUAAAAGAAUGCAGGAAUGAUGAAAACACUUUCUGUGAUUGUUUGCCAGAAUAGACAUUUUCAAGGGAUACAGUCUUACACUUCAGUUUGAAGGCCAAUGAGAAAUGAUGGGAAAUAGGGACAGGCUUCCUGUGGGGGCAGGUGGUCCCAGAACUGUCUGUACUUUCCUCUGAAGGACUCGACUCUGACCACUGCUACACAGAAGACACUGAGCUUGUAGGUUCUAAAUCCCUUUCUGAGACCCAUCAUUCCAUUUAUUUGAGAUCUCAGAAGGUCUGAUUGAAACGAGGCCAUGUUUGGGCCACUUCCCUAUGAGAAAUAGUUUCCAAAUUUGCCCUAUGCUAUCUGAGAACUUCUCUUCCUAAAGCAAUCACCAUCCUCAUCACCUGUACCGUUUGCUCUCUGCACUGCAGUCAGCACGACCCACCCUCAGAAGGCCAAAAUACUGUUUGUUGUGAGGGGGGGCCUUGAGCCACCAACUGAUAGAAGGGAAUCGGCUGUUUGAUAAGCUUUUUGCUUUCACCAGUACUGGAUACUGGGUCAUCUUGCCUAGGCACCAUUUCAGAGCCACGCUCCUGGGUCAGCUGUGCUCUGCUGGGUUUGGUUGGAGGCAGCAGCUGCUCAGUGUCUGCGACUCCUCUUUUUGUAGGCCCUGAAGGCAUAGGCACUGCUAGUAAGUUCUUCCAAAGCAUUCCAGGUGUAGGACCUGUGAAGUUUGUGGCUUUUUAAGUUCCCUGACUGUGAUGUCACCUCAACAGAUUUGCUGUGACACCUAUUCUAUGCAGAGUAAACCAGGAGCGAAUUUCUCAGCAAAGCAAACACCCCAAGCAACCAGUACCUCAUUAACACAAAAUGAGGAUAACAGUCCAAACAGUAGAGCUGGUUACGGCCUAAGUACCUAAUACUGGAGGUUAGUUUGAGUCACAGGCCAGGCCUGCAAUUAGCAAAGGGUGCUGUGCUCCAUUGUAGCCUGGGGGCUGCUUGGUGCCAGCAAGCAGAAUUCCCCCCCAAGCCUGUGCCCAACAGCCUCUUCCCUGGAGAAGGAGUUCAUUUAAGAGGUAUCUCAUUCCCAAAGGGACAUUUUCUGGGCUCCAGAAAAUCAGAAGUUGCACAAGGGAAACAAAUGAACCAUAAGCCAAACUUGAUUGUGUAAAAUAGUGUGUUUAAAGCAUUUACUGUCAUAUACCAGUUAUUACUAGUGUGAUUAAAUGCAUACAAUGUUAUGUAGCUUUCUUAUGUCUAAGCAGCUAAACUGAGCUUACAUCUCUUCUACCUGCUAUAAUUGGUGUACUUGUACUGUGUCUGAACAACUCAGAGGAAAGCAAAUAUUUAUUAUUGAUUCCUUUGAAUCAAUGAUUUCAUAUUUUUUUUGGUUGUUUUGUAAAUAAAUGUGCUGCAGCUGAAGUGCUACAGCUCAACUAAA